AUGCCUUCGGGUCCCCGAUGGGCCCGAUACCGCUCUCCGACGCCACCUCCGAGCCACUCUCGCCGUCACCACCCGCGAACUCCGUCUCCUCCACGACACCCUCGUCGCCGCUCUCCCUCUCCCCCCCGCCGCUCGUACAGCUACCGAGACGAUUACCGACGUCGUUCUCGCGACUAUUACGACCGGGACGACCGCUGCGCUCGCCGCUACCGCCGCUCCGACACUCCUUCGCCUCCUCCUCGCCGUCGCAGGAGGACGAGGUCGCCUACACCGGACCGCUACAGGGACCGCGACUACCGCUCGCGUCGAAUUUUCCGAGACCGAUCUCGCAGCCCAGACCUCAUGUACGCCACGACUGAGCGCGCGCCGAUCCGUUUCUUCGACUCGUCGAGGAGUCCGGCCAUUCGUUCGAGUUGGCGGCAGGGGACGUCGGACAUCGUCUCGGUCCCGCUUGGCACAGCGUCGUAUGGGUUCUUCGAGUCGCCCAAGGAGGUUCGGGGCGGCCGGAAGGGCACGUUUGAAGAGACGGUCGAGGAAGAGGGCGAGUUGGGAAGGUCGAGGGGAACUACGAGGGGCGGAGCGGUCAAGCUCAAGCGGAAGGCGCCAGAGAUGGUGGGAGCCAGCAAGAUCGACGAGAGGUUCGUCGAGAAGCGGAUGAAGCAAGAGGCGGAGGAUGCGAUGGAGCUGGAUGAGGAGCAGUUCGAGCAGCGGUACAACCACGGCAACAAGGCUCACGCCGUCAGCAAGAGGUCGACGAAGGACGACGGUCGUUGGGACCACGACUGCUUCGACCCGGACGCGCCUGCUUCCCUCGUCUCGCCUUCUCCGUCUCGCGAGUCCACCCUUUCCGCGAUCAAGGUUCACGUCGGCUCAGCAACCGAAGAUCCAGCCUGCAAAGGUAUGGCGGUCGCCCACCCGGACGAGGCGACGUUCGGCUCGACAGUCGUCGAUUCGGCUUCCGACAAAGCAAGGCGGUUCCUCGACGCAAUGCGUCUUACGAGACCGCAGCAACGCACGGCCGGCAACCAGACUGCGCAGGAUGGCAAGUUCAGGAGUGGUCUCGAGGGCAGUAAGAUCCUCCUCAUCUCGCCUCCUGCCUCGCCUUCGAUCGUCGACGAGCCAACUGGCUUCCGCCACCACGGCCCUCUCGCCGACCCUGCUAUUCCCAACCGCCAAAUCCAACGCGACAUCAUCGCCGCUUCCCGCCCUCCGGCCGUCUUCCUCGGACCGCUUCCCUCGGACCUUACGCGCGUCGAACUCGUCUCGCUUCUCGCGCCUUACGAUGUCGUCGACUGGUCGGAGGUUGGGCAGACGGACGAGCAGGGUCAUCGCACCGAGAUGAUGGUUCUCCAAGUCCAAAUGAAGGAGGACGAGGGAAAGGAGGCGGUCGAGUUUGAUGCAAAGAAGGGUAUGCUGCGCUGCCGCGGCAAAGUCGUCAAGGUUCUCGACGUUGAGAAGCGGAAGAAGGAACUGGCAAUGGCGGAGGAGGUGGGCAAGGAUGCAGGAGCAGCUUCGACUGGGCACUUCGACUUUCCCGCCCGCUCUGUCGCCUUCCGGCUUCGCGGCGGCGGUGUCACCUCGAACGAGUCUUCAACGGCGUCGGACAAGGCGAGCGAGCUUGCGACGCGCGAAAUGAACUUCGAUACUCUCGCAUCCAACUUCGACCGCACGGCCCGUCUCCAAUCUCACGUUCCCGACGAUCCACUCUCCGACGACUUCCUCAACGAUGAACUUCCGUCUCGCAUUGCUCUCUCGCCAACUCCUUUCGGCCUUACCUCUCCGCGCUCAGAGCAUCUCAGCGUCGCCAGUCGCAGCGCCACGCCCACCUCGCCGCGGUAUACCCCUCCCUCGCACUGGGUCCACCCCGAACGCAUCAAGUCCCCCUGGGCCUAUCUCGGCGAGCACGACGCCGACCCUUACGCGGAGCGAGAGAAGGAGAUCGAGCGGGAGAUGAAUCAGGAGGUCAGGGUGUGUAUCGAUAGAAGGAAGGAGAAGAUGGUCUUGAGGAGGGUUGAGACGCUUGAUUUGACGGCUGGAUCGGAUGAGGAGGACAGCGAUGGCAUGUGCAGCAACGCUCGAAGGAGGAGUGCUCUGGCUUGGGAUGGAGUGGACGGGCUUAGCUUGACUUGA